GGCAGACAAACAAGAAGUAUUUACGGAAACGACAAACGAUUUUAACCGCAAAGCGUUUUGGUCUUUCCAACCCCUUGACAAAGCGACGCAAUCCGUCUCACAGGCGGAGACGGGUGCAUACUGCUUAUUUAUCUCUUUUGUGAAUUGGGUUGGUAUAGCUUUUGUAGUCAAUAAAGUUUCAUUUGAAAACAAGUAAAUUGUCGAAGUGAUGGGUGCUGUUACUGAUGACGAGGUUAUCCGGAAACGACUUCUGAUUGACGGAGAUGGAGCUGGUGACGAUCGUCGCAUCAAUGUACUAUUGAAAAGCUUUACCAAGUGGUGCAAUUCUGGAGCCCCGGAGGAAGGGUACACCCAGUUUCAGAGGAUGCUAGGUACACUGGCACAGUGCGAAUUCUCCAUGGGGAAGACCCUGCUGGUUUAUGAUAUGAACCUCCGGGAGAUGGAAAACUAUGAAAAAAUAUACACGGAUAUAGAGCAAAACAUAACGUCGGCACAUGAGAAAAUUUCCGAAUGCAAAAAAGAGAUACUGCAAGCAAAGAGAAUACGAAAGAACCGUCAAGAGUAUGAUGCUUUAGCAGAAGUCAUUCAGCAGCAUCCAGACAGACAUGAAACUCUGAAGCAGCUUGAAGCCCUUGACAAAGAACUGCAGCUUCUGUCUCGUAUGAAAGAAAGCGUUGAAGACAAGCUUGAACUACGUAAAAAACAGUUUCAUGUUUUGCUCAGCACAAUCCAUGAGCUUCAGCAGACACUAGAAAAUGAUGAUAAGUUCUCAGAUGCUGAAGAAUCCCAGGAGAGCCAAAUUGAAACUGAAAAUGGACAUGAAGUCUAAAGAACAUUUUUUGAACCUAAUUAGUUUUACUGGAAUUUUAUUCUGAUUCGUUUCAUUAGUAUAAUGUAUUAUGAAGUUCUUGUACAAAAUGGAUCAUUUAAAUGCUGCAAAACAGAAUGUCUCUAGCCAUCAAAGUCUCUUCCCCACCUUGGGGAAAGGUCUCAUUAACACCAGCACCUUUUAUAAGAAAUAUGCAUGUUACUGGUCAAGCUUAUUCAAUUGUGAAAUGCUUUUAUUAAUAAAAUCAUAGUGUUUGUACAUUCA